UGUGGUAGGCUACAAUUUGACAGCAGCAGCGCUGGCUUUCUAAAGAAAGCUUAGCUCUCACUUUUCUGUCUGUCUCAUUACCGCUCUCAUUGUCUUUUGCGACAGCGGGAACGGAACAGCCACCUACUCUCCUCCUCAUCAUUUAUUCACUUGGGACCUGUAUUUGGAAUAAGAAAGCAUUGCUGUUUCUGACUGGAGAGAAGGAAGAUAAAACUCAUCUGGAUUUCCUAAGGAAUUUUAUCUGGAUGCUUUGUUACGGAGGCUUUUGAAUUCAUCAGCCGGGGUAUAUAAUGUGACCAUCCGUUCCACAAUAGGGAAAUUCCCGAGGAGUUCUAAUUCUUUCCUUCCUUCCGGUCCGAGGCGGCAUUGCUAUCAACUGUUCCAAACAGGUGGGGGCAUUGGGGGUAUUGGUCAGACAGGUGUUGUUGGUGAGAGCGAAGCUUGGGCAUCAGGCAGAAUGUUGGCAUCUGCAUGAGUGGAACAGAGGAGCCUCAGUUCUGGUUCUCUUUCCUGAGACGACAACCACAGGAUGAGGCUUGAGAGGAGGUCUCAGGAGAGAGAAUGUUCCAUGACUUUCACACCUUCAACCUCAAGCUCUUGAAUCAUUGGGACAGUUGCUUGGGUGCUGAAAGGCUGUGAAUAUCCUGCAUCUGAGAAGUCAGACCAGACUGACUCACAGAGCUCUGUGAGCCAGCACCACUGAGGCUGCCAAAGCAUGCUGGUGCCAAGCUGUCCCAUGAUGCACAUAGCUAGACCCGCACUGCUCGUCCUGGGUCUGCUCCUCCUUCUCGCCGACGCCGAAACACCACCAAAGUUUUUGAGAACCCCCAAUGACCAAACGGGCGUGCAAGGAGGCGUGGCAUCAUUCAUCUGCCAAGCAACGGGAGACCCACGCCCCAAGAUAGUUUGGAACAAGAAGGGGAAGAAAGUCAGCAACCAGAGAUUUGAGGUGAUUGAUUUCGAUGACGGCUCUGGCUCGGUGUUGAGAAUUCAGCCCUUGCGUACGCCCCGAGACGAAGCCAUAUAUGAGUGUGUUGCCUCCAACACUGUUGGAGAGCUGAGUGCUACUACGAGACUCACUGUUUUACGUGAGGACCAACUGCCCCCUGGUUUCCCCACCAUUGACAUGGGUCCCCAGUUGAAAGUGGUAGAGCGAACUCGCACGGCCACCAUGCUCUGUGCCGCCAGCGGCAACCCUGACCCAGACAUCUCCUGGUUCAAAGAUUUCCUGCCCGUCAACACCACCAACAACAAUGGACGUAUCAAGCAGCUCAGAUCAGAAUCCUUUGGUGGUACACCAAUAAGAGGGGCCCUCCAGAUUGAGCAGAGCGAAGAGUCCGACCAGGGGAAGUACGAGUGCGUCGCCACCAACAACGAUGGAACCCGUUAUUCCGCCCCCGCCAAUCUAUACGUCAGAGAGCUGCGAGAAGUGCGACGGGUGCCCCCGCGGUUCUCCAUCCCGCCUACGGACAAUGAGAUCAUGCCUGGAGGCAGCGUCAACAUCACCUGUGUGGCGGUGGGCUCCCCCAUGCCCUACGUCAAAUGGAUGCUGGGAGCCGAAGACCUGACGCCCGAGGACGACAUGCCCAUAGGGCGAAACGUUUUGGAGCUCACUGACGUCCGUCAGUCUAACAACUAUACCUGCGUAGCCAUGUCUACUCUCGGGGUUAUUGAGGCGGUGGCGCAGAUCACGGUGAAAGCAUUGCCCAAGCCGCCCGGCAUUCCCUUGGUGACGGAGCGCACGGCCACCAGCAUCACGCUGACGUGGGACUCAGGCAACCCUGAGCCUGUCUCCUACUACAUCAUCCAGCACAAGUCCAAGAUCUCAGAGGACACAUACAAGGAGAUCGACGGUGUGGCCACCACUCGAUACAGCGUGGGCGGCCUCAGUCCUUACUCGGACUACGAGUUCCGAGUGGUGGCGGUGAACAACAUCGGGCGUGGGCCGCCCAGCGAUGGCAUCGAAGCCAAGACGGCCGAGCAGGCACCUAGCACGGCGCCCAGGCAGGUCAGGGGUCGUAUGCUCAGUGCCACCACAGCCAUCAUCCACUGGGAUGAACCAGAGGAGGCCAAUGGGCAGAUUAUGGGCUACCGUGUGUACUACACCAUGGACUCUGCCCAGCACGUCAACUUGUGGGAGAAGCAGAUAGUGCGUGGGUCAAACUUCCUAACCAUUCAAGGCCUCAUCCCUAACAAGACCUAUUACAUUAAGGUCCUGGCCUACACGUCGGUGGGUGAUGGACCUCUGUCUGCAGAUCUCCAGAUCAUUGCCAAGACGGGGGUCCCCUCUCAACCGACCGACUUCAAAGGGGAAGCCAAAUCCGAAACAAGUAUACUACUAUCGUGGAUAGCCCCUGCACAGACCGGACAAGACAAUCAAAUCAUGGGAUAUGAACUUCUGUACAAGAAGGGGGACGACAAGGAGGAGAAACGAAUCAGCUUUGAGCCAACCACCACGUACCUGCUGAAGGACUUGAAACCCUUCACUACUUAUACUUUCCAGCUAGCCGCGCGCAGUAAGCAUGGUAUCGGAGCCUACACCAACGAGAUCUCUGCAGAAACCCCUCAAACACAGCCCUCAGCCCCACCUCAGGAUGUGAAGUGCUCUAGCCCCAGCUCCACCUAUAUCCUGGUAAGUUGGCGGCCGCCCCCUACGGAGUUACAGAAUGGGAUCAUAACCAAGUAUGCCAUCCAAUACGCCGCCACUGAAGGGGAGGACACCACCAUCCGACAAAUAUCCGACAUCCCUCCCGAAAUCUCCCAGUACCUCUUGGGAAACAUGGAAAAAUGGACCGAAUACCGUGUGACAGUGACUGCUCACACAGAUGUCGGUGAAGGACCUGAAAGUUUACCACAACUCAUUCGCACCGAGGAGGAUGUUCCCAGCGGCCCACCUCGUAAAGUCGAGGUGGAGGCUGUCAACUCCACAUCAAUUAAAGUGAUCUGGCGCUCGCCGAUGCCCACCAAGCAGCACGGGCAGAUUCGAGGGUACCAGGUGCACUACGUCAGGAUGGUUAAUGGGGAACCCAUGGGACAGCCAGGCAUCAAGGACAUCUUGAUCGAGGAUGCGCAGUGGGAAUAUGAUGAUUCAACUGAACAUGAAAUGGUCAUCACAGAGCUGCAGGCUGAGAGCACGUACUCGGUUGCCAUGGCAGCCUACACGACAAAGGGAGACGGCGCUCGCAGCAAGCCCAAGCUGAUCACCACCACUGGCGCAGUACCUGAAAAACCACGACUCAUGGUCAGCCCUACCAACAUGGGCACUGCCCUCCUCCAGUGGCACCCUCCGACGUUAACCCACGGCCCCCUGCAGGGCUACCGCCUUCGCUUUGGCCGCAAAGAUGUCGACCCCCUGACCAUCAUCGAGUUCCCUGAGCGCGAGAACCACUACACCACCAAAGAGAUCCACAAGGGGGCAUCAUACACCUUCCGCUUGUCCGCCCGCAACAAGGUGGGCUUUGGCGAGGAGACAGUCAAAGAGAUCAACACUCCUGAAGAUGUGCCUAGCGGCUUCCCACAAAGCAUUGCGGCUGAGGGCGGCACCACCACCACCAUUCAGGUGAAUUGGAAUCCCCUGUUACUGGCGGAGCGCAACGGCAUUAUCGUGAAGUACGCCCUGCAGUACAAGGACAUCAACAGCCCUCGGAGUCCCUCGGAACUCUUCAUCACCGCCCCAGAGUCCACCGUCACCCUGGACGGCCUCAAGGCUGACACCACUUACGAUAUCAAAAUGUGUGCCUUCACCAGCAAGGGCUCCGGCCCCUAUAGUCCCAGUGUCCAGUUCAGGACACAGCCCUUGGAUCAAGCAGUGUUUGCAAAAAACUUUCAUGUGAAAGCUGCCAUGAAGACAUCCGUGCUCCUUACCUGGGAGAUCCCAGACAACUAUAACGCAGCUCAGCCCUUCACAAUCCUCUAUGACAAAGGCCAGAGCGUGGAGGUGGAUGGCAAGCUCACUCAGAAGCUUAUCACAGGUCUGCAGGCUGGGACGCAGUACUCCUUCCUGCUGACCAACCGGGGCAACAGCGCCGGCGGUCUCCAGCACCGUGUCUCCACCAUGACCGCCCCGGACAUCCUGCGCACCAAGCCCUACCUGAUCGGCAAGACCAACUUGGAUGGCAUGGUCUCUGUGGAGCUGCCCUCUGUCCAGACUUCAGAGAAAGUCAGGGGAUACUACAUAGUGGUGGUGCCUCUGAAGAAACAGCGCACAGGAAAGUAUCUCAAACCCUGGGACAGUCCAGAUGAGAUGAAUCUAGAAGAGCUGCUCAAAGAGAUUAACCGAACAAGCCGAGGCCUUCGCUUCCGGAGGCAAGCUGAGCCCAAAGCCUACAUCGCUGCCUACUUCAAAGACCUUCCUACCGACUUCACUCUGGGAGACACCAAGAUCUAUGGGGACUUUGAAAACAAGCAGCUCGCCAACGGCCAAGAGUACAUCUUCUUUGUGCUUGCUGUCCUCGAGAUCUCUGAAAAUACCAUGUAUGCCACCAGCCCCUACUCCGACCCUGUCGUGUCAGCUGACCUUGACCCCCAGCCAAUCAUUGACGAGGAGGAGGGACUUAUCUGGGUGGUGGGCCCAGUGCUCGCUGUGGUCUUCAUCAUCUGCAUCGUCAUCGCCAUCCUCCUGUACAAGAGCAGCAAACCAGACAGGAAAAGGGCAGAAUCCGAAGCUAGAAAAGGAAGUCUGCCCAACAGUAAGGAGAUUCCGUCUCAUAACCCCACCGACCCUGUGGAGCUUCGACGCAUGAACUUCCAAACGCCCGGUUCAGGUGACCCCGGUUACCCCAGUAACCUCCAUUUGUCAAGCAUGGCCAGCCACCCACCGAUCCCCAUCCUGGACCUAGCUGAUCAUCUGGAGCGCUUGAAAGCCAACGACAACCUAAAGUUUUCGCAGGAAUACGAGUCCAUCGAUCCCGGGCAGCAGUUCACGUGGGAACACUCCAACCUGGAAGUCAACAAACCAAAGAACAGAUAUGCUAACGUGAUAGCAUAUGACCACUCCAGAGUCCUGCUAUCGGCUAUUGACGGUAUCCCUGGAAGUGAUUACAUCAAUUCCAACUAUAUCGACGGCUAUAGGAAGCAGAAUGCAUACAUCGCCACGCAGGGCUCGCUGCCCGAGACGUUUGGUGACUUCUGGAGGAUGAUCUGGGAACAGCGGAGUGCCAACAUCGUCAUGAUGACCAAGCUGGAAGAGAGGUCCAGGGUGAAAUGUGACCAGUACUGGCCCACUAGAGGGACGGAGACCUACGGCCUCAUCCAGGUGACGCUGUUGGACACGGUUGAGCUGGCCACAUACUGUGUCAGGACAUUUGCACUUUAUAAAAAUGGUUCCAGUGAGAAGAGAGAGGUGAGGCAGUUCCAGUUCACGGCCUGGCCGGACCACGGGGUACCCGAGCACCCCACUCCGUUCUUGGCCUUCCUCAGACGGGUCAAAGCCUGUAACCCCCCAGAUGCAGGGCCCAUGGUGGUACACUGCAGUGCCGGGGUCGGGCGCACGGGCUGCUUCAUCGUGAUCGACGCCAUGAUGGAGCGCAUCAAGCACGAGAAGACGGUGGACAUCUAUGGCCACGUGACGCUGAUGCGCGCCCAGCGGAACUACAUGGUGCAGACGGAGGACCAGUACGUGUUCAUCCACGACGCGCUCCAGGAGGCCAUCACCUGCGGCACCACCGAAGUGCCCGCCCGAAACCUCUACGCCUACAUCCAGAAGCUGACUGGUAUCGAGGGUGGAGAGAACGUCUCAGGCAUGGAGCUGGAGUUCAAGCGUUUAGCCAACACUAAAGCCCAUACGUCGCGAUUCAUCAGUGCCAAUCUCCCCUGCAACAAGUUCAAGAACCGCCUUGUGAACAUAAUGCCAUACGAGUCCACACGAGUGUGUCUUCAGCCAAUCCGAGGGGUGGAGGGCUCCGACUACAUUAAUGCCAGUUUCAUUGAUGGAUACAGGCAACAGAAAGCCUAUAUUGCCACGCAAGGGCCUCUAGCAGAGACCACGGAGGACUUCUGGAGGAUGCUCUGGGAGCACAACUCCACAAUCGUGGUCAUGCUAACGAAGCUCAGGGAAAUGGGCAGGGAAAAAUGCCACCAGUAUUGGCCAGCAGAGAGGUCGGCCAGAUACCAGUACUUUGUGGUGGACCCCAUGGCUGAGUACAACAUGCCCCAGUACAUCCUGAGAGAGUUCAAAGUGACUGACGCCAGGGAUGGACAGUCACGGACGGUCAGGCAGUUUCAGUUUACAGACUGGCCCGAGCAAGGAGUGCCAAAAUCGGGAGAGGGCUUCAUCGAUUUUAUCGGCCAAGUGCAUAAAACAAAAGAACAGUUUGGCCAAGAUGGGCCUAUCUCAGUCCAUUGUAGUGCGGGCGUGGGUAGGACCGGAGUCUUCAUCACCCUCAGCAUCGUAUUAGAGCGGAUGAGGUACGAGGGCGUAGUGGAUAUUUUCCAGACGGUGAAAAUGCUCCGGACACAGAGACCGGCCAUGGUGCAGACAGAGGAUCAAUACCAGUUCUGUUACAGAGCUGGCUUGGAAUACCUUGGGAGCUUUGACCACUAUGCUACGUAAGAGUCCCUGUCCCGGAGGAAAAGCAGAAGGCCCUUGGACAACCCCAGCGAGCCUCUCUUCUGAGCCAUAAUUUCCUGUUUGAGAAAGUACUUCUUAACUCCUAGCUAAAGACUCAAUUAAGUGUUGGAUGUGAGACACAAAAAUGUCAAAAAAUUUAUAAAGAUGAUUCCUGGAGGACCAAGUGUUUCCCCAAACCCAUGGAACUCACCCUGACGUGGGAAAGAGAGAGGGAAUCCUGACUGUUGAAGCGUCUUAUGGAAUAUUUUUUAUUCUUCUGUUGCUUCAAGGAUUCGUCUUGGGUUCAAAUAACUGAAAGAAACAUAAACAAAAAAAUAACAGAACGUACUAUUUCAUCGACAAGUAAUGCAUCAUAUUACGAACCAUAGGAGAGGCAAAUGGAGGCACAGAGAAUGGCUUAAAACUCGAUGCACAUUGUAAAGAGACAUUUCUGUUCCACAAUCAAACUACACAGAGACAACUACCCAUCAAAAAAGAAGACACCAGUGCUUGGUCCAAUAUGAAAAACAGGACACAGCUAAAGUAAUAAUUAAUAAUAUACCCCGUUUCCUGUCACAACGUUCAUCAUUUAAACAAUUGGGGGGAAGGGGGAAUGUUUAAAGAUAUAUGAAACAAAUAAAACCUAUUGAUUUUGUUUUUUACUAUACAGCUGAUAUGUGCUUAAUUUUGAACCAUGUGAAAUUUUAUUUCCUUUUUUUAACAAAACGUAUCACUCGACAAAGUGAAUCAAACAAAGUACUUGCGUAAUCGUAAUUUUUUUCCUUCUGAGUUGUAAGCUGUAGAACUGUUCUAAUGUAUGCACCGUCAUGCAGAGAAAGUCUUCGCUCUUUUCGGUUUUCUUGCUAUUUUUUUUUUUAUUAUUGUUUCUCGCACUUUGUGCAGUCCUGUAUUCACACUACCAAAUGUUGACUUUGUUACAGGGUUUUUAGUUUAGUUUUUUAGUUUUGUCUUAUUUGUACAUGAUCACAUACACAAUAACCUACUUACACCCAUGUAAUAAACUGGGGCUUUGUGGAAUCAACAGGGAUGAGCAAAGUAUGAAGUUGCUGCUAGCGAUUAUCUUAGUUCUUCCAUGUUAGAAUUAUGGUAAAAGAUGAGCACCUGAUGGAUAAAAUACAUGAAAUGAUAUAUACAUAUUUAUGUUAUAUAAGAUGACAGAUAUAUACAUUAUAUAUGAAUAAUACAUUUGCAUAACCUAUAACAUAUGUAUAUUGAAAUAAAGUACAUAAUUUAUGGCUAUAUAUGAAACGAAAGGAUUGUAUAUGAAAGCUUCUACAAUGAGAUUUCUAUACUUUGGGGGAAAUUAAGAUAUUUUUCACUGGAAUGCACAUCAGUAGGACAAAAACGCAUUCUGAUUCAGUGCAUAUUUUCUUGUGCAAUAAAUAGGUGUAUUAUAGAUAGGGUUCAUGUGGAUACUUUGUUAGACAUCAUGACAUUGUUGUUCCCGUGGUGAGGCUUGUUGGGAACGUCGCGUAUCACCAGUGUAUAUAGAUACGCUCAUACAGUCUGUAGUUCCAUAGCAGAGCAGGGGGUCCCUUAGACUAAGUCAUUGCUCCAUACAAUAGGGCAAGGUACAUAGAUGUAACUUUCAUCUUGAGGUGUUCAAACGCUCAAUGGCAUAACAUGUUUUCAUUUAGCAUUUAGAGUGCCUUAUAUUUAUACCUGUUUUUUAUAACAUUCAUUUAACACAUUAUUGUAUUCUUUGAGAAGUCCAUGCAUAUAGAACAUAUAACUAACUGUAUAUUACAUUUUUACCUUAAGUAUUCAUUUGUCACAUAAUAUGAAAUUAUAUAUGCAAAUACAUACAUGGCAAGGCCCUAUUUUCAUUUUCUGUUGCCUUAUUGUGGCUUAGUAAAAAGAAUAAAACAU